CGAAUGGAUGUAAUCAAGGAAGACUUAUAAUCAUUUUCUUGUAGCUUCCUAUCUCAUCACCGGCCGCAACCAUCUGCUGAGAUCCAAAGACUGUUUACUUCAACGUUGAAUGACGGAGGGUACUAUCGUUGUUAUCCUCAGUAAGGCUUGUGAGAAGUUUGCCCGCUAAAAUAUCGCAAACCAUUCAGUAUUUGUCUGAAAUAGCGGCUCCUAGCGGAAAUCAUGAGCAAAUUGUUUUGUAACCAGUCUUCGCAGUUUUUUCCCAUAUUCACCGAACUUGAAGAUCUUCGUUCGACUUGUAUCACCAACUGCGUCUUUAACAUUUUUCUUACUUACACCGCCUUCAUGUUGAAUAUUGUGACAAUCUAUGCCAUACACAAAACUGCAACAAUGCCAAAAACUCUGAAAACUCUGCUGCUAAGUCUUGCCUGCUCGGAUGUUGCUGUUGGUUUGUUUAUUCAACCGUUAUACACUUUCUUUUUGAUCAACUGGCUUCGAUUAGACAAUCCUGGCUGUAACACUCAACAGGUGCGGACGAUUUUAGGUUAUUUAUUCUCAACCGCUUCGUUCCAUGGUGUUGUGGCUGUAAGUGUAGACAGGUUCUUAGCUGUUCAUCUUCAUCUCAGAUACCAAGAGCUUGUGACUCACAGGCGUGUUGUUAUUGUUGUGAUUGGCAUAUGGGUGUACAGUGCAUUUUCCUCUUUGAUGAUAUUUUGGGGGCUUCUUGGUACUCGGGAUCUUAUAAGUACAAUUAAUAUAGCUUUCAGUUUUAUUAUCACACUCGUGGCGUACAUCAGGAUAUAUCUAACUGUACGACGGCACAAGAAUCAGAUUCGGUCCAUGCAAAUACGAAACGAAGCUCAUUCUGAAGAGAUAAACUUCAGUGUCCUCAUUAAAUCCACAGUUGGCAUAUUCUACGUAUAUCUCGUAUUUUUAAUGUGUUAUUUGCCCUAUUUCAUUUGCAUAGCUGUUAUUCAAAUCUAUAGCUCGAGUAUCUCCUUAAAGAAACUUUUCCUUUACUCGCUGACUCUCGCGUACCUGAAUUCAUCUUUGAACCCUGUCAUUUACUGCUGGAAGAUGAGACACGUUCGACACGCUAUCAUAGACAUACUGCGAAAGAUGUCUUGGAUCAGCAAUCGGCCAUUUCGGAUCAACUACAAUCGGUCAUCGAGUGUCGUGCAUAUUGAUAACUGAUGCCUUCUGUGUGGCUUACAAACACUACAUACAGUAGUUGUUUACUACAAAGUGAAAUAGGGACAAACAAGAUUGUACCGCAUAAACUUUGUGAUAUGAUCCAGCAGUCAAA